AUUCCAAGCUCUUUACAGAAUUGUCUUUGUUUAGAAAGACUUUAUUUACAAGGAAACUUACUCAAGGGGAUAGUUCCUCCAUCCUUAAAAAGUUUAAAGGGGAUGCAAAGGUUAGACCUGUCACGCAAUAAGUUGUCCGGGCGUAUACCGCAGUAUUUGGCGUCCUUUGCUUCCCUCGUCUAUCUGAGCCUGUCCUCCAAUGACUUUGAAGGUGAAGUACCAGAAGAAGGGAUCUUCAAGAAUAUAAGUGCAUUCUCAAUCCUCGGGAACGAAAAGUUGUGUGGAGGAAUUCACAAACUAAAUUUACCGAGUUGCCCAAGAAUUGGAUACAUAAAACAAAGAAAGCACUUCCCUCUCAAAAGACUGCUUCUAAUAGUAUUUGGAGUUGUGAUCCUUGUUACUAUUUUGGGCUCCUUUGCCAUAUGGUUUUGGAGGAAGAAAACAAUAGUGCAGCGCUCGCAUUCGUCUUUAAAAUAUCCUUUGGGUAUUAUGUUUCAAAAGGUCUCAUACAAAGAGCUUCAUAAAGCAACGGAUGGAUUCUCCGCAGAAAAUUUAGUCGGAGUUGGAAGUUACGGAUUUGUUUACAAAGGAUUAUUGAUGCUAAACCAGGAGACAGCAGUGGUUGUUGCUGUGAAAGUAAUUGACCUUCAACGCCGAGGAGCUUCAAAAAGUUUCACUGCUGAAUGUGAAGCAUUGAAAUGCAUUCGCCAUCGAAACCUCGUGAAAAUAUUAACAUCCUGUUCUAGUUUGGAUUCUAAUGGAAAGGAAUUUAAAGCUCUAGUCUUUGAGUUCAUGCCAAAUGGAAGUCUUGAAAAUUGGCUGCACCCAGCAUCAAAUGACGAAGAGCGACGUCAAAGCGCAGGUAGCAGAUCGUUGAGUUUUAUGGAGAGAUUAAAUGUAGCCAUCGAUACUGCAUCUGCAUUAGAUUAUCUUCAUCACCAUUGCAGAACACCAAUCGUUCAUUGUGACCUGAAGCCAAGUAACGUUUUACUAGAUGAUGACAUGAAUGCUAGUGUAGGUGAUUUUGGAUUAGCUAAGCUUCUAACUGGAGUCAUCAACAACGUUGAAUCUGGAAAUCCGACUAGCAGUACUUCAGCUGGGAUAAAGGGAACAAUCGGAUAUGCUGCUCCAGAGUAUGGAAUGAGUAGGGAGGUAUCGACAAAAGGAGACGUCUACAGUUACGGGAUCAUGUUGCUAGAGAUGUUCACCGGAAGGAGACCUACCGAUGACAUGUUCGCAGACGGCUUUGGCCUACACAGCUUUGCCAAGACAGCUCUGCUUACUAAUCGAGUAAUGCGGAUUGUUGAUCCUGCAUUCCUUGUUCAGCUACAACUCAAAAAUGAUAUUGUUGACGAGAGAGAAGUUUUAAUUAAUGGUGAGAUGGAGACCAAGUUAUCCGAGGCACUGACAGGAAUUCUCAAACUUGGUGUCAUGUGCUCAAUCGAAUCACCCAAAGAACGAAUGGAAAUAGUAACGGUCAAGGAAGUUUUGCAAUCAAUCAAGCAUAUGUUUCAAUCAGUCUCGUACAAAGAGCUUCAUGCAGCAACAAAUGGGUUCUCUGCGGGACAAUUAGUCGGAACUGGAAGUUACGGUUCUGUUUACAGAGGUGUAUUAGCAGUAAAUCAGGAAACAGCAACUGUGGUUGCAGUGAAAGUACUAGAUCUUCAAAGACGAGAAUCUUCCAAAAACUUCACGGCUGAAUUCAAAACAUUAAGUUCCAUCCAGCAUCCCAGUCUCGUGAAGAUACUGACAUCUUGUUCUAGCGUCGAUUUUAAUGGAAAUGAAUUCAAAGCUCUAGUCUUUGAGUUCAUGCCAAAUGGGAGUCUCGAGAACUGGUUGCACCCAGUUACAUUUGACGAUCGACUUCAAAGUUUGACAAGGAGAUCAUUGAGUUUCGAAGAGAGACUGAAUGUAGCCAUAGAUGUUGCAUCUGCGUUAGAUUAUCUCCAUCACCACAGGCAAACGCCAAUAGUCCAUUGUAAUCUAAAGCCAAGCAACAUUUUGUUUGAUGAUGAUAUGAAUGGUCAUGUCGGCGAUUUUGGAUUAGCUAAGUUUCUAGGUGAAGUCACUACCAAUGUAGAAUCGGAAGAUCACAACAUUGGUACUUCAGUCAGGAUAAAUGGCUCGAUUGGGUACGCUGCUCCAGAGUAUGGAAUGGGUAGAGAGGUAUUGAAAAAUGGAGACGUCUACAGCUACGGGAUCAUAUUACUAGAGAUAUUUACAGUAAGGCGACCUACUGACCACAUGUUCGAGGACGGAUUUAGCCUUCACACCUUUGUUAAGACGAGUCUGGUUCCUAAUAGGAUAUUGCAGAUUAUUGAUCCCAAACUACUUCUUCCUCUCCGUAUCCAAGACAACGAUGAUAGCGAUGAUGACGAAGUGGAUUGCAGCGAAAAGGUAUUAAGAAAUGGGGUGAUGGAAGACAAGCUACGUGAGGCUUUGACAGGGAUUUUAAAGCUCGGUAUUGCAUGUUCGUUUGUAGAACCAAAACAACGGAUGAUAAUGACACAAGUCGUGAAAGAGUUGCGGGAAAUUGAGAACACAUACCAAAAGAAGAAAGAAGUUCUUGAGAAACGAUGACAUGCCAUUGCCAGUACCUCAUAUUUUACUCCUUGGCUGCUAGGAAAACUAUCAACCUAGUUGGCCACUUCUGCUACUUGCCUACCUUACUUGUUCAGUUUUAGCAAUCAGUAAAUGUAUGUAACUUAAUUGAAAUCACUGAUUUUUCUUAAGUAAUAAAAGGCAGCAGCCAAAUGAGAGAACAAAGGCAAGGAUUAAUUACCUGUGCCAUAUGUCAAUACCUUACACA